AUGAACCCCUUGAAGUGUGCAUUUGGGGUAACUUCAGGCAAAUUCCUUGGCUUCGUUGUCCGACAUCGAGGAAUUGAAAUUGAUGCCUCAAAAAUCAAGGCAAUCCGUGAAAUGCCUCCCCCUCAAAAUUUAAGGGAGUUGCGAGGGUUGCAAGGGAGACUAGCCUAUAUACGACGGUUCAUCUCAAAUCUCUCUGGAAGGUGCCAACCAUUCUCGAGGCUCAUGAAGAAGGAUGUUCCGUUUGUAUGGGAUCAAGCAUGUCAAAAUGCCUUGGAAAGCAUUAAACAAUACCUAUUAAACCUGCCAGUUCUUAUGGUGCCAAUUAAAGGGAAGCCCUUAAUCUUGUAUAUUGCAGCGUUAGAACGCUCGUUGGGGGCAUUGCUCGCUCAACACAAUGAUGAUGGAAAGGAAAAUGCACUCUACUACUUGAGUAGAACACUCGUAGGGGCAGAACAAAAUUACACCCCUAUCGAAAAGGUCUGCCUUGCAUUAGUGUUUGCUGUCCAGAAACUACGACACUACAUCCUCUCUCAUAGAGUCAUCUUGAUUUCCAAGGCAGAUCCGCUCCGAUAUUUAAUGUCCAAGCCUGUGCUCUCUGGGCGAAUAGCCAAGUGGUCACUCCUCCUCUCUGAGUUUGAGAUAAAAUUUGUGCCACAAAAGGUGAUCAAAGGGCAAGCUCUUGCUGAUUUCUUGGCUGCUCAUCCUACUCCCGACAACAUGGAGUUACCUGCAGAUUUGCCUGAUGAGGAGGUGUUUACAAUAGAAGCACUUACAUGGCAACUAUAUUUUGAUGGGGCAGCAAGAAGAAACGGAGCUGGCGCAGGAUUAGUAUUCAUCACGCCGUCUGGGGGCUUAAUCCCAUACUCAUUCUCCUUACUAGCUUUAUGUUCGAAUAAUGUGGCAGAAUACGAGGCACUCAUCAUUGGCCUUGAAAUUGCCCUCGAGAUGCAUAUUGAUUGUUUGCAAGCAUAUGGUGAUUCACAGUUGGCCGUCAGACAGUUGAAUGGACAAUAUGCAGUCAGAAAUGCUACUCUCGUCCCAUACCAUGAAAGGGCGAAGUAUCUCAUGUCACAGUUUCAAGACAUUCAUGUUAGUCACAUCCCGAGGUCGGAAAAUGAUAAAGCUGAUGCACUAGCUAAUUUGGCUGCAUCGUUAACACUACCUAGCGAAAGGGAUAUCCAAGUCACCGUUGGGGAAUGUUAUUUACUACCCCCAGCUAUAGAGAGAAUUGAAGAAGUUGUGGAUUCAAACGUUAUUACGUCCUCCGAAUGUGAGGAGGAACCGGAUGAUCUUGAUUGGCGCCAUCCCAUAAUCGAGUAUCUACUACUUGGCAAGUUGCCAAAUGACUCAAGGAAAAAGGCUGAAGUCCGACGCAGAGCCACUCGAUUUCUGUACUUAAAUGAUACCUUGUACAAAAGAUCAUUUGAUGGUAUGUUGUUAAGGUGUUUGUCGAAACAAGAUGCAACUAAGGCCCUUCAUGAUACUCAUGCUGGCACUUGUGAUGCUCAUCAAGCUGGUCCAAAACUUUCGAACCAACUGAAGAGAUUGGGUUAUUACUGGCCAACAAUGGAGGUACGAGCAGACGAUGUUACAAACUUCAUAAGGAACCACAUCAUCUACCGUUAUGGGGUUCCAUCAAAGAUUAUAUCUGACAAUGCAUUGUAUUUCAAAUGCAAGUCCAUGACCAAGUUGUGCGAGAAGUAUAAGUUUCAACACUCGUUCUCCGCGAGUUACAAUCCGUCAUCAAAUGGUAAAGCUGAAGCUUUCAAUAAAGUAUUGUGCAAUAUCCUAAAGAAGAUGGUCUCAGGAAACAAAAGAGAUUGGCAUGAACGCCUCCCUGAAGCAUUAUGGGCUUACAGGACGACCAUACGCAACUCAACAGGAUGUACACUGUACAAUUUGGUGUUUGGUUCCGAGGCUGUUCUACCGUUAGAAGUCCAAUUGCCAUCGUUAAGGGUAGCAUUACAGCUAACAAACCCCGACGAGAACGCAAAUGUGAGACUGGCAGAACUGGAAGCUCUUGAUGAGAAAAGAUUGGCGGCUCAACAAAGGCUCGAAAUAUAUCAGGCUUAG